AACUUCCUGCUCACGGCUGCACUUUUCCAUCAGUUUAAUUCACCGUCAAGUUCAGCAAAAGUGCACCUGAAGCCCUCAGUGCUGCUUUAAGUCUUCAGCUUAGCUUAGCACUUAGCUUAGCAGUUAGCUUAGCCUAGCCUAGCGCCCUCCCGGGAAGAAGAAGCGGCUGUUAGUUGACGUCCAACAUGGAGGACAUGUACAUCAAACCCGGUAACCAGGAGCGGGGCUGGAACGACCCUCCUCAGUUCUCCUACGGCCUUCAGAAGGCCCACGGACCACAGAGGAACCUCCUGAACAAGAGAGCAGCUCCGCCCUCAGGUGCAGGAGACCUGCCUGCAGCCCCGCCCUCCUUCAACCCCCAGGCCCCUCCCCCAUUUGGUAUAGCCCCGCCCCCUCUAAACCCAGGUCUACCUCCUCCUGGUGGAGUGGCCACACCCCCUCCUCACCUUGGACCAAUGAAAAGUCAGAGUGAGGUCGACAGCAGCCAAUCAGAAGGAGAGCCUGACGUACAGGAUGUGAUGUCAGUGCUGAACCAAGCACUUGCUGCCUGCAGACACUCUGUUAAAGAUCAGGUGUGCAAUGAUGUGGCAAAGCGGCUCCGCCUCCUGGAGGACAGCUGGAGGUCGGGUAGACUCAGCCUGCCUGUCAGGAGACGCAUGGACGCCCUGUCUCUGGAUUUACAGUCAGGUCGCUGGGACUCGGCAGACGAGACCCAUCGCUCUCUGAUGGUUGACCAUGUGACCGAGGUCAGCCAGUGGAUGGUUGGUGUCAAACGCCUCAUUGCUGAGACCCGAAACUUGAGUCCAGAACUCCUGGAAUCACUUCAGAACCCAACAGAACCAGUCCAGGACCCAACAGAACCAGUCCAGGACCCUGCAGAACCAGCUCAGGACCCAGUUUGCCAGUCCUGACUUCCAAGCAAGUUUCUUUCCUCUGAAAAAACUGGGACUCUUUAAUCAAAGCAGGAUCUGGUGAUUUUCCCGUCCUGCUGCUGUGGGGUGUUGAAGGUCCAAUCCUCUGGAGCAGGUAGGGGACACUCCAGCAGGGACCGAUCUGCUCUGUACACCUUUUAGUUACCAGCUAAACUGUACCUGGACCUGAACUGGACUUUGGUGGACUUUACGUUUGACCCUCUUGACACUAAACUGAAAACUCUCUCUAGACAGCUGACUUUGGAAAGUCUGGACUCUAGAACUUCAGAUCAAACUCUGGACACUCUGGACUUUGAUCUUGAACUCUAGAGUGGACUCUCUGGUCUCGGCACUUUGGACUCUGGACCCUGGACUGUAGACUGUAGAGCUUCUUGACCUUGAACUUUCAGGCGUUGGGCUCUGGACACUCUGGCCUGAGAACUUCAGACUUUGCUUUAAACACUCGCAACUCUGGAAUCUGCCCACCGGACAUUCUGGACUUUGAACAAAGACUCAACGCUCUGAACUCUAGAAACUCUGCAAACCUGGUUUCCCUUGUUUCUGGAUUACAGUCAAGCCUCAGUGUGAGUUUGGAUCCUGAUCGGUUGAUCCUGAACUGCUUUGAAUGCUUGUUACUGUGGAAAUAAAUCUGUUUUCUCUGCUU